AUGUUUGCUCACAGCAUGGAUAACAGCAGACGUCUUUCUGUUCUCCCUACCUUAUUGCUUCUGCUGCAGAACAAGAGCUACCCCACAACCUCCAUCCCUCCUGCUGGAUAUGAGAUGACAGAGUCACCCAAAGGAGCCAGCUUAAGCAGGAACCACACUGUCUCGCAGUAUGAACUGAAGCCAGAGGAACUUGCAGCAGCCAGCAUCAUUCUGGGAGCGCUGUGGCUGGUUUCUGUCUUUGGAAAUUCCCUUGUUUGCUUAGUGAUCCACAGGAGCAGGAGGACACAGUCCACCACUAACUAUUUUGUUGUCUCCAUGGCUUGUGCAGACCUUCUCAUCAGUGUUGCAAGUGCACCCUUUGUGCUGCUUCAGUUUACCUGGGGCAGGUGGACACUGGGCAACGUGAUGUGCAAGCUGGUAAGGUACAUACAAUACCUCACCCCCGGAGUCCAGACGUACGUGCUCCUCUCUAUAUGUGUGGAUCGAUUCUACACUAUUGUCUACCCUCUGAGCUUCAAAGUGUCAAGAGAGAAAGCCAAGAAAAUGAUUCUGGCCUCUUGGCUAUUUGAUGCUGUAUUUGCAUCGCCAGCUUUCUUUUUCUAUGGCUCCAACAGCGACGACCACUGCAACUUUUUUCUCCCUGAUUCUUGGGAAGGAGCAGUCUAUGGUAUCAGCCACCUCCUGGUUGUGUUUUUGAUCCCAUCCAUCAUCAUUAUCCUCUUCUACCAGAAGGUCAUCAAGUAUAUUUGGAGAAUGGGCACUGAUAGCAUGACUGUCAGGAGGACAACAAACAUUGUCCCAAGAGCAAAGGUGAAAACCAUCAAGAUGUUCUUGAUGUUGAACGUGGUGUUUCUCCUGUCCUGGCUUCCUUUUUACGUGGUACAGCUGUGGCACCCUCAGGAAACAGACUACAGAAAGAGCUCCUUGGCUUUUCUGGUCAUCACCUGGAUCUCUUUCAGUUCUUCAGCCUUUAAGCCAACCCUCUACUCCGUGUAUAAUGCAAACUUCAGAAGAGGGAUGAAAGAAACUUGCUGCAUGUCUGCCAUGAAAUGCUACAGAAGCAAUGCAUACACCAUCACCACCAGCUCCAGGAUUGCCAAAAAAAAUCAUGUUGGGAUUGCAGAAAUCUCAGCUCCAGCCAGAACUGUCACCAAAGACUCCAUCUAUGAUGCUUUUAACAGAGAAGCAAAGGAAAAAAAGCUUGCCUGGCCUAUUCAGUCCAAUCCUCCAAACACAUUUGUCUAG